AUGUUUGCUGAGAACCCUCACUGCUCCGAUGGCCUCCCUGGAGGCACAGCAUCCAGGCAGAAGGGCUUCCGGGGCUGUAUCCGCUCUCUGCAGCUGAAUGGCGUCACUCUGGACCUGGAGGAGAGGGCGAAGAUCACACCAGGGGUUCAGCCUGGCUGCCCGGGUCACUGCAGCAGCUACGGCUCGCUCUGCCAGAACCAGGGACGCUGUGUGGAGAGAGCCAAUGGCUUCCAGUGUGACUGCAGCCUGUCAGCACAUGUUGGAGUCUUCUGCCAAACAGAGGUGUCAGCCAGCUUCAAGUCUGGAACUUCAGUCAUGUACACCUUCAAGGAGCCCUACGAGCUGAGCAGGAACAGCAGCGCUCUGCCAUCCUCCAUCUACUCCGACCUGACGCUCAGAGGAGAGAACGUCUCCCUGAGCUUCAGGACGAACCAGAGUCCAGCUCUGCUGCUCUAUGUCAGCUCCUACUACAGAGAAUACCUGGCUCUGCUUAUCAACAGGCAUGAUAAGCUGGAGGUGAGAUACAAGCUGGACAGUAGCAGAGAUGCUGAAGUGUUAAAGAGCAGCGUGAAGAGUGUGGCCAACGGACAGCUGCACACGGUUGCCAUCAGGAGACUGACGGACUCUGUGUCUGUCCAGAUUGAUGAAAAUGCCAGAGAAGACUUCAAUCUGACAUCCGACGGGGAAUUCAACGCCGUCAAGUCGCUGGUGUUGGGCAGAGUGCACGAGUCCGAUGACCUAGAUCCAGACCUGGCCAGGCUGGCGUCCCUUGGUUUUACCGGCUGUCUGUCGGUGGUUCGCUUCAACGCCAUUAGCCCUCUGAAAGCAGCACUUCUCCACCCAGACACCAGCCCUGUCAUCAUCACUGGACCUUUAGUCCAGUCUAACUGUGGCUCUGCGGCUUCAGCCAAUCCCUAUGCAGCUGAGAACACACACCACCUGUCAGAUCAGUCUGGUUCGACAGGUUCAGGUCAACCUUUGAUCAAUGCCAUUAGGACGGACUCGGCUCUUAUUGGAGGUGUCAUCGCUGUUGUUAUCUUUGUGGUUGUGACUGGACUGGCAAUAACAGCCAGAUUCCUCUACCGGAGAAAAGAGACAUAUCGAAACCAGCAGGUGAAGGGAGUCCAACAGGAGAACAGCCAGGAUUUUCCCUUUAACAACCAGGCUGACUCCCAGAAUGUCUCCAGUGAAAACCCAAAGGAGUAUAUUAUUUAACCUGAUGCCUGAAUGCCUGAUGAGAUGGUGGUUUUUUGGAGAUGAGGGUGCAGACCGGACUGUCCAAUCA